AUGGGAGCCUGCAUCGCACAUGAUUCCCAGGCCAAGGCUGACAGUGAUUUGUCCUUCCCUGCGGUCGGUGAUGAGAGCGUGACAAUUUCCAAGGACUCUGCGCAGGCGUUGAAAGCCAUGAAGGCUGUGUUCCAGCGCCUUUGCACCACCUCGGGUGAAUCGAUCUCUGCAAAUGACGUGGCAAAAGUGCACAACCUCUUGGGGGAACCCCUGGACGAUGAUGAAACUCAGCGGAUGAUGUCAUUCUUCAAUGCGCCUUCUCCGUCGGACAAAUGCAUAACGUUCGAGAAGUUCAUGUCCUGGUGGAACGAUCUGCACAACAGCGGUAUUGAGUCGCAGUAUUUUUCGCAGGAGCGCUACCGACAACGUUUCAAAGUUCUCCAGUCCCGGCUUAAGGAUCCAAAGAUUGCAUCCAUUCAGACAGUCACAGAGGGCGAGAUCGGCUCUCGGCGCUUCCGCGUCUGGUUUGAGUGUGACGGUCAUCGUCUCUCUCCGUGGCAUGAUAUCCCGCUCAAAAAUCCAGAUGGCUCCUACAACUUCGUUUGCGAGAUCCCGAAGUGGACAAGGAAGAAGUACGAGAUUGCAACUGGAGAGAUCAUGAACCCAAUCAAGCAGGAUGUCAAAAAUGGCGUCCUACGCGAGUACAAGUGGGGUGACAUGCUCUUCAAUUAUGGGGCGUUCCCGCAGACCUGGGAAGAUCCCAAGCACGUUAGCGAGGAAACUGGAUUCCCAGGUGACAAUGACCCUAUUGAUGUCAUUGAGUUGGGAGCUCGACAGCGACCAGUGGGAUCGAUUGUCCGAGUUAAGAUUCUUGGGAUAAUUGCCAUGAUCGACGACGAUGAGACAGAUUGGAAAGUGCUUGCCAUUGCCAUGGACGAUGAUAAAGAGUGUACAUGA